AUGCCCGGAAAAUCUUGUCGUGAUAUUUCAGCAAGAAAAUGUGUUGGCGAUGGAAUUUAUUGGAUUUCCUUAAACUCAAGUAAGAAAUAGCAGAGCCUUUCAUAACAUAGUUUAUCAAUUUGUAACUUUAUCGCAUCCGUAGAAGUAGAAUUUAGUGAUUUAAUUAUUUCUCGAAACUACAAUCAUGCGGAGCGAUCAUAGAAAAGCGGUCAAUUUUUAGCUUAAUUAAAUAACUUUUAACAUCGAGAAAAAUGAAGACAAUUAGCCUUUCUCACGAUGACGAAUACCCGCCAUUUUUGGGUGGCAUCCAAUUCUCGUUAACCAAUGCAGACAAUUAAAACAAUGUGAAAAGCAAUAUUUCAAAAUAAACUAACCAUUUACAAAGCAAACUUACCAUAAUUUGUCAAAAGAAUUAUAAAAAGUCGCUGUUAUGUGGACUUAUCUCGCAGACCUCGGCUGAAAUGCCACCCAAAAAUGGCGGCGUGAGAAAGGCUAAUUUGUUGCGCCCGUUAUCUGGCCAUGCAAAGACAUUAUUAGGAAUGAAGUGACAUAAUACUUGAGCUUACUUCAUCUUGCAGCAGCUUCUACAGCAUUUCCAGUAUUCUGUGAUAUGAAAAAUGGAGGUAAGACUUCACAUAGAAUUCUAGAAUUUCGUAGAUUCUAAGAAAUCUCAUAAAAUUGAAGAUUUCUAUAAGCAGGACAGACUUAAGGUAAAAUAGUCUACAUUCAUAGACAAAUUUGGCUAACGUUGUUUACAUCGUUGCUACCCAAUUCCCAACUUUAGAUACUCACAUGCCUAGUUACUAUUGUUCUAGUUUACAGAAACAUAAAAUAGGACAAAGGUAACUAAGCAUUAGAAUUAUGUAUAAGAGUUAUUUACUCAUGCACAGAUAAUUCUGAAGCAUAAAAUUAUCUAUAUAUGCUUCUGUAAAGCAGAACAAAUUAGCUAGGCAUGUGAGGGACCUACCAAAAGUUGUAAAUUGUGCAUAAACAAACGUUAGCCAAAUUUGUCAAUUACUCCCAAACACUUAACAUUCUAACAUGGGGGAAAAUAGACAAAACGUUCAACAUAGAACAAGUUUUAGCAUUUCCAUAGAACGCAUGAGCCGGAAACAAUUUCCUUUUUCAGGGCGCGGGAUCCAACAAUUUGUACUGAAAAUUAUUAGUGUUUUAUUAACUUUCUAUUCCUCAGGUUGGACCCUAAUAUUCAAGGGCAUUGCGGGUGUGCCUGGAAUUGUGUCAGAUAUCUGGCAAAGUCCGUCUACAUUUAACGAAAAUUCACUGAAAGCUUUGAAUAUUGAGAACUGUUUUAAAAAUCAUUACAAAAAUAGAAUUGUCCAAGAAUGGAGUACUUUUAGCCCAACGCAGGUAAAAAGAAAGUAUUUAUUCCAGCCAAACUAUUCAUCCUGGCCAAAUUAUUUUUCCUGGCCAAUCUAUAUUCAUGCUGGUCAAACUAUUCGUCCUUCCACUGAAUACCUCCAUGCCAGCUAUAAUCUAUUCUGGGCAGUCUUGGCAUCGUCUUUUCUACAGUAGGUUUCAGUCUCUUUCUACAACAUUUCGCAUGUCAUGGGAUGGCUUACGGCUUACGAGAUGACAUGGAGGCUGUAGGGAACUUGUACUGGCCAGUAUAUAUGUUAAAAGAAGCCCUGGCACAUCAUAACAAUUCUUAAUUUGUUUAAGGCUCGUAUUGUCCUGUAUUCUCGCGGUAAAGAAGACGUGGUCUUGACGUUCAGUACACAAAAUACAAACAACAUGAAUUGGUUUACAGAAGCAAAUCUUCAAACCUCACCUUGGCAAGAUAUUCAUGAAAAAGUUAACAAUUAUUUCAGCGUGGUUGGUUAUUGUCCUGCAGAUAGAGGCUGUCGUGAUUUUUAUAUCAAUCACCAACAUGGUGGUUGUCCUGGGGAUAUUGGAUGGUUAACCAUUGGGAAUAUAUACCAGGGAUGUGACUGGGAAAAGAAACAUGGAAUGACUUCAUUUCUCUAUAGUAAAAAGACAAGUAAUGUCAACUGGAACGUUUACGGUGAGUUUAUUUGUUGGCAAUAAUCUUAAAUAAAUCUUAAAUCUUGAUUAUCAUUAAUUCCCUGUCCAGGUUGACGGCUGCGUGUAGGAAUACCACAGUAUUCGAAAUUUACAACUCCAAAACCCUUCAACAAUUAGUUCUAUCUGUUAAUUAAUGGCUGAUAUUUACAUAUAACAGUUACUGUAAGUCUGUAACCUAUUGUUUAAAUUUCUUCCAAGCAGAACAAGAAAUCCAGCCCGCAGUCUUGAUAAUAAAUAUUUGUAAUAUUUUCAAAUGUUGUUUCAGCUGAUGUUGGUGCCUCAGAAGUGUUUGCAGUUUAUCUUCGUUAG